UCAGGAGUCUAAGGUGACCUCCAAUCCAUUUGCUCGGUUGGAGAAGAAGGAUCGAUCGAGGAAACAAGAGGCCUCGUCCUCGAAGAAGUCGGCUCUGGACGAGAUAAUGAUCGAGGAAGCUCGACGCAAGCGAAAGCGCAACGAUCACUGGCUCCACCCCGGGAUCGUGGUGAAAGUCAUCACUAAGAAUGCUGGGGAGCAAUACUACAAGCAGAAGGGUGUUGUGGAGGAAGUUGUCGAUAGGUACGGUGCUCUCGUGAGACUCAUCGAGAGCGGCGUGAAACUCAAGCUCGAUCAAGUUCAUUGCGAAACGGUCAUACCAUCUGCUGGACGCAAAGUAAAAAUUGUUAAUGGCCCCUACAACGGCCAGGAAGCGACGCUCCAGGAUAUUGAUGUAGACAGAUAUUGUGCCACCCUCAAGCUCAAGACGGGGGUCGUUGAGAAAGGAGUAGAACACGAAGACUUUUCGAAACUAAGCGCAUAG